UUGAUUUAUUACUUGCUGAUGGGACUCUCUUACGACAUCAUGAAAGGUAUAUACACCUACAAUGGCGAAGAGUAUGAUGCAACAGCUCCACCGGAAGGUGCGUCCUACGACAAGUGCAGAGAUGUUGCAACUGCAGCCCUAAACCUGGGCGCCUACUGUGAGACAAAGAACUGCACCUUCAACGGCGUGUGGAACGGUGGCGGUGGCGCCGGCCAGGCCGACCUUUACGUCGCUUCUUACAUCUACGACAGGGCCUCACAGGUCGGGAUCAUCAAUGACGACGCGCCCAAUGGGAAGAGUACUCCAGCCGCAUUUGCAGAUGCGGCGCUGAAGGUCUGCUCAUUGAGCAUGGAGGAUGCCAAAGCUGCGUAUCCCACGGCUUGGGACGUGGAGUACCUCUGCAUGGAUCUCGUCUACGAGUACACAUUGCUUGUGGAUGGCUUUGGUGAGUUGCAGCAUCCAUAAAACGUGCAAUACGCUACGCUUUCCAACC